CCUGUUGGGGGAAGGAACACUGAUUAACUGAGACCUUGGGGACAGCAAAAUGCCAUUUAUUUUCGGAGGUGUCCAUACUUAUUAAUGUAUGGUGUAGAACCAAGUGUCCUUUAUUGAGAGGUGCCAUUUAUUCGGAAGGUUCUCUUUUCAGAGGUUUCACUGCAAUUACCAUUGUUAGGUCACGACUGGCACUCUUCAACAUCUCCUCUUUCUUCUCUGCAAACACACACACACAUACCAGUUGAUCAGACAACUAAGUCUGACUAGCUGUGGAGAAGACGACGUACAAUACCUAGCUUCUUCUUCUGUCCAGGUUGCUGGCCUGGUUGGUAGUUUUCUCUCUGCCGCUCCAGCUUUUUGCUUCUUCUCUCUACUUCGGUCUUGAGGCGAUUGUAGUGCUCAGUUCUGUACACCAACAAGUACAGUAUCCCUUCAGAGAGGAAAGCAGUACAGAAAGAUACGAACACUAUCAGUAAACUGUCUUCUAACAUGGCUCUUUCCUCAACUCCUAGGAUCUGUCACGAAACUAUUGCGCAUGCGCAUAAAGUCUUAAGUCACGUGAUGCAGAUGCGCUCUAUUUGGAAUAAAGGUUGCAGCGUGUACAAAUCCAGCCAAGAGAGGUGCGUUGCUGUUGGUUCAGAGGGAGUAUGGCGGGAGCUGUAUCGGUGGAAAUGCCGCGAGGAGGCUUCUCCUUCGAGCUGUGCAAAAGAAAUGCGGCCCUGGCAGCGGCUGGGAUGAAGCCGCCCACUCCUGUCAAGACAGGGACUACCAUCGCCGGGCUGAUCUUCAAAGAUGGAGUUGUUCUGGGAGCAGAUACUAGGGCUACCGAGGGCUCUGUAGUGGCUGACAAGAAUUGCGCAAAGAUUCACUACAUGGCAAAAAACAUUUAUUGUUGUGGGGCGGGCACGGCAGCUGACACAGAGUACACGACUCUCCAGAUUUCCUCUGAGUUGGAGCUCCACAGACUUGAGACAGGGAGAAAGGUCUGUAUGUAUACCAUACACACCACCCCCGACAACUCCAAUGUAUGGGUGUGAUGGGUUGAUGCACUAUUAUCCAAAUAACACGCCAGGGGGAAAUGUUCCAAUACACAAAUGUGCACUGUUCGCCCUUUUUCAUGUUGUCAAAAGAAUGAUGCAACAUUCACCACAGUAUGUGUGCUGCCACAGUAACUCUGUCCUAUCGCUUUCAGCCCCGUGUGGGUACAGCUCUCAGGAUGCUGAAACAACAUCUGUUCCACUACCAAGGCCACAUCGGAGCGUACCUGGUCCUGGGUGGAGUUGACAUCACCGGUCCUAAUCUCUACACCGUCCACGCCCACGGCUCCACAGACAAACUGCCCUACGUCUCCAUGGGAUCGGGGUCCCUCGCUGCCAUGGCAACCUUCGAGGACCGCUUCCGUCCCAACAUGGACGUCAGUGUCAAAACUUUUAAAUUUGGAAUAAGUCGCAAAUCAGUACUUAGUUGCUUUUCAACGAUUUUAGUUAUACAGUCAGUUUAUCACACCCACACACACAUCUUAUCUCUCUGGAUUUUCCAUAGGAGAAAGAGGCGGUACAGUUAGUAAGAGAUGCCAUUGUUGCUGGGAUAUUCAAUGAUUUGGUUGGUCCUAAAACAGAUGAAGUCCAACCUCUUUGCUUGUCCAUCUUGAUAGUAUCUCGUGUGUGUCUCAUUUCCAGGGCUCUGGCAGUAAUGUUGACAUCUGCAUCAUCACUGCCGACAAGACUGAGUACAUCAGGCCUUUCGAUGUAGCCAACGAGAAGGGAGAGCGGACUGGGGACUACCGCUAUGCCAGGGGGACAACUGCCGUCCUCGAGACCUCUGUUCGCAAAUUUGAAGUCACUUCAGAGACUGUGACCUCUGCUGAACCCAUGGAGAGCUAACUGGCCGCCCAGCACACGCACACUAUUAGUCCACAUAAUUGUACUCAUCUACGUGAUUCAUCGAUGCUG